ACCCAGCCUAGCGAGCGAUAAAAGGAGGCCGGGGGCGGCCGCAAACCCGCUCAGAGCGCGCCAGGAGGAAAUGCCGAGGGCGCAGCGCCGGGGCUGGGCGCUCAGCACCCACUGACCGACUCCUCGCACCCGCAGCACCCUUGGGUGCCGGGGUGAAGGGGUCCCCCGUGCCGUGCCCGUGCCAUGCGGGCGCUCGGCCUCGUCCUGGCGGCUCUGUGCGCGGUCACAGCCCAGCGGCGGGUGCUGGAUGGGGGCGGCCGGCGGCGUUUCCACCGCGUGCAGCACGGGCACUGCAGCUACACCUUCGUGCUGCCCGAGGCUGACCCCGCUCCCUGCCCUCCCAGCGUCGCCCCCGGCCCCUCCAACGCGCUCCUGCAGCGGGACUCGCCGGCCGGCACCGCGCACGCCGCCCGCGGGGCCGCCCAGCGCCUGCAGCACCUCGAGAGGAUCCUGGAGAACAGCACCCAGUGGCUGCUGAAGCUGGAGAGCUACAUCCAGAGCAGCGUGAAGCCGGAGAUGGCGCAGCUGCAGCAGACGGCGGUGCAGAACCAGACGGCCACCAUGCUGGAGAUCGGCAGCUCCCUCCUCAACCAGAGCGCCGAGCAGACCCGAAAACUCACCGACGUGGAGGCCCAGGUGCUGAACCAGACGUCGCGCAUCGAGAUGCAGCUGCUGGAGAGCUCGCUGUCCACCAACAAGCUGGAGAAGCAGCUGCUGGUGCAGACCAACGAGAUCCACAAGCUGCAGAGCAGGAACAACAUCCUGGAGGUGCGGGUGCUGGAGAUGGAGGCGAAGCACCAGGCGGAGCUGGCGGGGCUGCGCUCGGAGAAGGAGAGGCUGCAGGUCGUGGUGAGCCGGCAGAGCGGCACCAUCGAGGACCUGGAGAAGUCGCUGCUGGCGGCCAGCGCCAACUCCAGCCUGCUCCAGAGGCAGCAGCUGCAGCUCCUGGAGGCGGUGCAGGGCUUGGUGCGCCUGGUGGCGCAGGGCAGAGCCUCGCUGCCCGGGGAGGAGCAGCUCUUCCAGGACUGCGCCGAGCUGCGCCGGGCCGGCUUCCACACCAGCGGGGUCUACACCCUGCACAUCGCCAACCUCAGCGAGCCCAAAAAGGUUUUUUGUGACAUGGAGACGGACGGCGGGGGCUGGACAGUCAUCCAGCUCCGUGCCAACGGCAGCCUCAGCUUCCAGAGGAGCUGGAGGGAGUACAAGCAGGGUUUUGGGGACGCGGCGGGCGAGCACUGGCUGGGCAACGAAGCCGUGCACUUGCUGACGAGCCGGGCGCCCUACGCCCUGCGCGUGGAGCUGCGGGACUGGGAGGGCAGCCAGGUCUAUGCCCACUACGGGAAGUUCCAGCUGGGCAGCGAGAGGCAGCUCUACAGGCUCUCGCUGCAGGACUACAGCGGCACGGCCGGGCAGCAGAGCGGCUUGGCCCUGCAGGGCACCAACUUCAGCACCCGCGACGCCGACAACGACAACUGCCUCUGCAAAUGCGCCCAGAUGCUGUCGGGAGGCUGGUGGUUCGACGCCUGCGGGCUCUCCAACCUGAACGGGAUCUACUACCCGGCCCGGCACAACAUCCGCAAGCUCAACGGCAUCCGCUGGCACUAUUUCCAGGGCCCCAGCUACUCGCUGAAGGGCACCCGCAUGCUGAUACGGCCCGCGGGCUUCUAGCGCGCUGCCGGACCCCGUGCCGGCCCCAAACCCGUGCCAGACCCCGAUGGAACUGAGCCGCCCGGCAAGGGAGCUGCAGGGAAGCUUUUCCCCCAGUUAUUAUUCCUCACUCUUGUUCCUCUCGCCCCCUGGGAGCCCGUGCGGAGCGGCAGCGGGGCCGCGAGGGAGGCGCUCGCCGUGCCGAGGAGCUCGGGGCUGCGGGACCCAUGGGGGCUCUGCUCAAUCUGAGCUUUGGUGUGCGUAACCCAUCCCUUCCCAGCCCAAAUUCUCACCGUCCCCCCAUGUCAGUGGGGUUUCUGGCUGCCCCCACCACAUCGAGCAGGGACGGGGGUCUGGGAGCCCCGGCACCUCCUGCGCGCUCAGCCCGGAGGGGCGGACAGCCCGGGCUCUGCCUUUUCUCCCUCUUUUAGGGCAUUGCAUUUUGCUUUUUUGCCACCGUUUUGCUUUCCCCGCGGGUUCAGCAGAGCCGGCGUGCGAGUGCCCCGGGAGCUCGAGGCACUGGUGGCAUCUCUGUGCCAAGGGACAUGGCUGUCCCCUGCGUGUCCCCUCCCGCGUGUGCCAUCCCCGUGCCAGCCGUGCACGCUGGGCGCUGCUCCUCGCGGGAUGGGGCUGGUGGGAAGGGACAGGGGCGUCCCUCGAGGCACAGGGGACCUGGGUCUGGUUCUGGGGGCUGGGGGGGUGCUGGUGGGGGGCAGCAGCCAGGGAGGGGUGGGAUGGGGCUGGGGGUGGCACAUGGAGAGAGGGGCUGGGGGGUAGCAGAAGGGGGCUGGAGGCUGGGGGUGGCUCGGGGCUGGGGCAGGGGUCAGAGGGAGGGGAAAGGGGGGUGCUGGCAGGGCCGAGCCCCCCCCCGUGCUGCCAGCUCCAGCCCCUGUGGUUGUGUGCACGUGGCAAACCCAAAUUUGGAGACGGGUUUGGAGGCGGCUUGGAAAGCGCGGGGCGAAACGCAGCCGGGUCUCCAUCCGCUGAGAGGAGCCCCCGCGCCCUGGAGCUUGGCACGGAGACGCUUUUAUUUUUGUACGAAGAGAUAUUUAUUGUCCCAGAGCUGCGCCGGGCAGCACUUGUGUCCCCCCCCCCCAGCACCAGCCCUGCCCAGGAGCGAGGCGUCCCCGGACCCGUGGUGUGUGCGGGGGGGUGUCCGUGCUGCCCCUGGUUCAGCAAUUUGGGCAGGAGCAGGAGCAGGAGCGAGCAGUCGGUGGGGUGUCCCCUGAGCUAAAUUUACUGGGGUAUUUUUUAAAUUACCCCAGAAAAAAAAAAAAUUAAAAAUUAAAUUUAUUGGGGUCACCGCUGGGGACAGCGCGGUGCUGCCUCGGCCCCUUGUGCACCGCACGUACGGACUCCACAUAAAGGGAGCUUUCGGCAGCCUCCUCGUGACGCCUGGGUCAUUUGGGGAGGAACGAGACCCCAAAUGUGCCCCCAGCCCCAUCACACCCAGCUGGGGAAGGGGCUGCUCCUCCCGGCCCCAUUCGUCCCCCUCGUGCCCUGCUGAGGCCGGGCAGCUCGGUGCAUGGAUGAGGCUGGGUGCUGCGGGCUCAGAGCCCAGCCUGGUGCCCAAAUUGGUGCCCAGCCCCAGCCCCCUCGGCCCUACAGCUCGGGGACCACCCCACAGCAUCAUCUGUAGGGGACAGGGGUGACACCGGUGCCCCCAGAGCCCUGGGGACCAGCGGUGGUGGCAGCUGCAGAGCAGGGACCCCCCUGACCCCCCUCCCUGACCCCACUGCCCCCGCAGCACCCAGCCCGCAGGCAACCCCCCACCCCCCCGGGCCUGCCCCCAACCCCGCUAUCAAGGCCUUCGCUAAUUAACGCUGAUUAAAACAGGCGGUGCAGCUGCCACUUCCCACAAGGUGCUCAUCAGUGGGGCCGUGCGUGAUAAUUAAAAAAUGGAGAAUGCAAAUGGGGCCGCCCGGAGGCUCUGCGGGCUGCAAGCAUCCUGGCUGCAAGCCCUGCACCCCCCCUGUGCUCCCCCCAUGCCCCCCUGUGCCCCCCUGUGCCCCUUCCCAAACCUUGGUGCUGCCAUUCCCUUGCUCUCCCCCUGAGGCAUCAUCCAUGGGGUUGGGGGGCAAUUCCCCGAGAUGUGGGAUGUGGGACACGGGAAUAGGCAGAGUGGGGGCCACGGAGACCCCCCCCCCCGUUAUUACUCCCCGCUAUAAAUACCCGGUGGGCUCAGCUGCGGCUCCGCUCCGAAACCGGAGCCGGCGGGGAGGCAGCUGCCAGGGAAAGUGAUCGGGAGCGUGGGGAGCGUGGGGCAGGGCUGGCCCCCUGUCCCCCUGUCCCCCAGGGCAGCGGGGGGCUGGGGCUGUCCCUCUGUCCCCCACAGGGACACACGGACCAUGGAGGGGGCACCCCUGGGGGGCCACGCGUCGCCUCGCCAUGGCUGUGCCAGGGGGUGCUCGGCCCCGCUCCCCAGCACAGGGUCAGCCGGGGGGGGCUUCUCCGUGGUAAAUUUAGCUCGAGGGACACGCCGGGCUGAGGAAUUCGGCAGCACAGCCGGAUUCAGCCUGGAACGGGGACGUGGAUCCCGCAGAGCUUCCCCUGGGGGGGUGGCAGCCCUGUGUCCGGCUCCCUGGGGAGCCCCCAGCACCCCACAAACCAUCAUUAUUCCAGGAUACCUCAGGUGCGCGCUGCCUCCCCUCCCCAGCUGGCUGCCCUGACUCACCGGCCACAUCCUGUCCCCAAAUCCCUGCGUGGCCAGCACGGCCCUGGGUGGGGUUCCCCCAAACCUGCCCGGCCUCUUUUGGGGGAGCCGAGCGGGUUCUGUGUGUGGGGUGGGGGCUCUGGGCACCCUGCAGGGAGAGGGGUUGGGCUGGGAGCUGCUGCAGCCCCGCCGCCACGUGCUGUGCGCGGCACAAAUCCCUGCUUCCUGCGAGCAUCCCGCAGCCCUCCCGCGCCCCCCGUGCCCCAAGUGGGGGCUCCCUGGGUGCCCUUGGAGCCCCCUUCCCCAGCAGCACGGCACCGGGACCCCCUCCUGCCUCUCCUUCCCGCGAGGAACCCGGGGCUGCAGGAGCCCGCAGCCGCGCGAGGCUGCCCGGGGAGAACACGCGGGGCGCUUUCAUCUUCAAAGCUCUCCCUGCGCCGCCUUUCAUCCCCUCGCCUCCCCGGUGCCUGGGAGGUCUCCGCUAUCUCCUCCUCAUCUCGCAACCCCGGAGCAGCGAGGACACGGCCAAGCUCCGAGGCGUUUCGCUGCAGAGGGCGCGAAGGCAGCGCCCGGCAGGGCUGCGCGCUUGGCGCGGCGCUGGCUGCGGUGCCGAGGGGAAUCCCGCGGCCGGGCUCUGCCGGGACCUGCCAGACCCAAAUACCACCCCGCCGCACCCUCCGGGCCCCGCGCUGGCACGGCACGGCACGGCACGGCACGGCACGCACACUGCCUGGCACCCCUUGGCUUGGCACCACCAGGGCCAGAGGCAGCGCGCCUCGUGCUGGUGACUCCAGGAGAGGUUUGCAGGGAAGGGGCACGUUGUGACCCUCUUCUCCCCGGUCCCCAGCGCUCUGGGGAUGCCCAAACGCAUGAAUUCCUCCAGCACCAAGGCCCAGCCCUUCUCCUGGCCCCUUUCUGCCCGGGUAAUUCCCCGGCCAGGCCCUUAGGCAGCAGCAGGGCUGUCCUUCCCCACCACAUCCAGAGACAGCCACACACGCGGCAUCCAAAGCUGAGAAAUUUAAUAAAACCUUCUCCGUUGUUA